AAGUGAAGUGAUGUUUUGUUUUGGUAGAUUUCUGGGCAGUGCUGCUUGAUCGAGCUACACGUUCAGAAUGGGACUGUUCGGUAAAACAUCAGAUAAACCUCCCAAAGAUCUGGUCAAUGAAUGGUCAUUAAAAAUACGAAAGGAAAUGCGAGUUAUGGACAGGCAAAUCCGAGAUAUACAGAGAGAGGAGGAGAAGGUUAAGAGAUCGAUCAAAGAUGCAGCUAAAAAAGGACAAAAGGAUGUAUGCAUCAUUCUUGCCAAAGAGAUGAUACAGUCAAAGAAGGCAGUCAACAAACUUUAUGCAUCCAAAGCUCAAAUGAACUCAGUGCUUCUAAGUAUGAAGAAUCAGUUGUCUGUACUAAGAAUAGCCGGUGCAUUGCAGAAAAGCACAGAAGUCAUGAAGGCCAUGCAGAGCCUGGUUAAAGUUCCAGAGAUCCAGGCUACCAUGAGGGAACUUUCAAAAGAGAUGAUGAAGGCUGGUAUUAUAGAAGAGAUGCUGGAAGACACAUUUGAGGGCAUGGAGGAUGAGGAAAUGGAGGAAGCAGCAGAGGCUGAGGUUGAUAAGAUCCUCUUUGAGAUUACAGCAGGAGCUCUUGGAAAAGCUCCCAGUAAAGUCACAGAUGCUCUUCCUGAGCCAGAGCCACGCGGUGCUACAGCAGCAUCAGAGGAUGAAGAGGAGGACAUUGAGGAAAUGCAAUCUAGACUGGCAGCACUGAGGAGCUAAAACACCACAGCUCCUCCCACUAAAGCUUUAUAGGCAUAGAUAGAAGCUUCAUUUCAAUUACACUGAAUCACUUACUAUUGACUCUUGAUUCUUGUGUGUGUGUCUGUAGGGAUUGGAUUAGAAUCAGCAGGUUAUCAGAUUACUCAGAAAAUGAGAUCGAGAAAAGCUUGUAUGGCUUUAAUAAUCUUUGCUUACUGUGGGGUUUAAUGAACAGGAUUUAUUAUAAGCAGUUUGGAGUGGUUAGUUUCGGCUGCUUGGUUAUUUCACUCUGUUUAUCUUCUGUGAACAUGUCAGUGAUUUCUGCUUUAAAUGGUCAUGUACGUUUAGACCAUACUGAUGUAACGUGAUGAGGAAUCUGUUUUACACUGCAGUUGUCUUGGUCUCCUUCCAUCUUUAUCUUCACUGUGGUUUCUCAAGCCUUAUUUGGUGUUAAAAUGAAUGCUCCACUUUAUUAUCUACCAGUAAAAAUAUGGCUUUGUUGAGUAAGAGAAAUUUAUUAUGGUCAAUGUAUGCAUGUUUUGUAUAUAAAUAUUGAUUGUGUUUAUCCUAUUUUCAUAUCAAGUAAAGCCCUCUAUUUAUGUCAUUUUUUAUGAUCUGGCUAAUAACAAGGUUGAUAAAAGCCAUGCAUUGCAUACUUUUGGUCACUGUCAUGUCUUCACAAAGAGCUUAGCGCCACAGCCAGUAUUUGUAACACAUUCAGAAUACAGAUACUCCUGUAAUGAAUCUAUUCUUUUGCACUUGUUUGAUAUUGGAAUCACAUUUUACAUGCCAUUGAGCUUAAACUCACUGCGAUAUGUUCCCAUGGUAUGUAUUUCACAGUUUAAACACACAUCAUCCUUCCUCAGUUUAGUCAUUGCCAAUUUCCACCCUAUCACACAACAGAAACCAAUUUGGGAAUGUAAGUGUCUAACAUGUUUGUCCAAGAGAUCUGAAGUUACUGUCAUUUUAAACAGCAGCUCAUGUAAUAUUAUAAUGCAUAACAUACUUGAAGGAUGGCAUUCACUUUGCCAACCUUCCAUGAGCUCAAAUGCACCUAAGAUUGGCUGGGAAUGGUUUUGCUUAAAAGGAAGACAGAAAUGCCAUACUUACCCAAAAAGUAGGACCACUUUUGCUUAGACUGUUGCGACCUGUAAUGAUACUGUCACACUUUCUGGACAACAGGGCAAUGCUCUUCUGUUGAUCCACUUAGGACCUCUGAUGUGUUUGAGAACAUUUAUAUUAGUAAAAUAACAGGAAAAAAUAAUAUGUAAUGGUUCCUCUUUUAUGUUACUUUAAAAUAUUAAUGUCCAAAAAUGCAGCUUGUAAUAAAAGUUUAGACUGUUUCCUGUUGGCGGAAUGUUUGUUUUAAACAUCCAGUGUGUCCUACAAGAAAUACUUUUGUGUCAACCUUUAAUGAAAUUAUAAUUUGGUUAAGUCUUGGUUUAAGCCUUAAGUCUUGAUGAACCUAUAGUUUUAAUCAACUUUGUAUCUGUGUGUGUGAUUUUCAUUGCAAGACAUUUCAUUGGAGUGGUCACCUUGUGAAACACUAGCAGUAAGAGGUUUUGUGAUGUGGCAUUGUUCACCACAAUUUCUGCUUCUUUGGAAGGUCAAAAUUUAACACAUUGGGCUUUUUGAACACUACAUUUUACAGAUCUUAUUUCCAGAAAAGUUGGGACGUUUUGUAAAAUGAAAUAAAAUGAAGAAUCUGUGAU